AUGUCCCAAAUUGAAGCCUUUGAGUUCAUCCAAGCUCAAGAGUUUUGUCAGCUCACACUGGACCCCAACACAGCACAUAGAAAGCUCUCUCUGUCUGACGGGAACAGAAAGGUGACACGGAAGGUAGAGACACAGCCAUAUCCUGCUCACCCAGAGAGAUUUGACACCUAUUCUCAAGUGCUUUGCAGAGAGGGUUUGUCUGGGACUCGCUGUUACUGGGAGGUUGAGUGGAGUGGGAUUGGGGCUUUUAUAGGAGUCACAUAUAAAGGAAUCAGCAGGCAAGGAGGGGGUGGUUCCUGUAUCCUUGGAUACAAAGAUAAGUCCUGGAGUUUGUUCUGCUCUGGUUCCGGUUACUCUGCCUGGCACAAUAACAAUCACACGGCAAUAACUGCCCCCCGCUACCCCAAAAUAGGAGUGUAUCUGGAUUUUAAUGCCGGCACUCUGUCAUUUUAUGGUGUCUCUGACACAGUGACCCUCCUGCACAGAUUCCAAACCACAUUCACUGAGCCGCUCUAUCCUGGAUUUAGGAUUAAUGAUUAUGAUUCCCCUGUAACAGUCUGCCAGCUGAACUAAACUGUUUUGUGUUUUAAGAAAACCUUUGUAUUGAACUCUCUGCCUGUCCUCUCCACUCCUCGGGUGAAGGGAAUGUUCAAUCUGACACAACUUUGUAUGAAAGUUAGGGGGUAAAACGGCACCACCUACAGAGCGAAAUAAGGUGAAUUAUUUGUUUUUACACGUUGAGCCGAGGCAGCCUCAUUUUUACUGUUUAAUCUGUCAGGUUAGUGUUUUUAUAAUUAUAAACACACAAAAUUGGACAGGUCUUUCAGCAUAAAAUGUUCAAUAUGUCCGAAGUAUUUAUUGAUUACAAAUACAUAAAUAGCACCAAGUGGCAGACUUAGUUGGCAUCUCUGCACAGUGCUAGAAUUCCCACAGAAAUUACUGAUAAGUGUCUCUUAAGGUGAUUGUAGCUCACUAAAUAAUUCCAGAAUGUGUACCUAUAUUGCACUUCCAUUGGCUACAUAGGUCUCAAAUAUGCAGUUUUGAAAAACAUGAAUGGCAAGAUUCUCAGAUAGCCAUGUUCUUGUUUCGAAUUGGAUUGUGUCUGUCAAAUGGAUAUUAUAGUAUCUAGAUGAACUAUUUGGGGAUUAAGGUGCAGCUGGCACAUCUAUAAACCCUGGGGCUUCAUACAUACCUUUGUACAGGGAACCAAUAGGUAAAAUAUGCCUUUUCCUUAUGUUAUUAUUAUUUUUUAGUGCAUCUAUUUAGAUGCAUUGAUUAUUGAUCAUCUGUCCUUAAAUUUCCAGAGCUUCGAUUACAUAUUGGUGAAUCAAUGCAUAUUAUCGUGUCUGUGAUCUGACAGGAGACUGAUAGUAAUGGAUUUGUUGUUUCUAAUCACAGCAAGUUUCUGGUUUCUGUUCUCUAUUAGAUGUCGCUGUUUCCUCUGUUUUCUUUGUAUCCACAUUCAGGAGUCUUUGAAAUGAUUAUAGAUUGGUGGAUGACCACAGGAAUUAAAAGGGGAGGUGUGGGGUGGAAAAUAAAAUUCAACUGUUAUUAUAGCAUAAAAAAUAUGACAAUGUGUUAAAUAUAGAUUGAUAACUUGAUUAAUCAAUACUAGAAUUUUUUAUUCAUCAGUUCUGGU